UGAAAAUUGUCAGUUGGAUUGAGAAAAUUGCGAAUGUCAGACAUCUUUUUUCCACGGGAAUUUUCGUCGUGAGAAAUUGAUCAAGACAGUCGAAGAGUGUGGACAAUGAAAAGUUUGUGAAAUUGUUCAAUCAACCAAAAGUGUCCAGUGCCACAAAAAAAUCAGUGUAGAGUGGUGUUUGAGGGCCAGAAAAGAGCCAGCUCAAGAGUGUGGUGAAUGUGGAGCAUCUGGUGCUUUUUCUCAUUCCAUAUUUCCAGCCAAAAAAAGCCCCUUUUUGCCAUCUUCUGCCCAAUCAUGUGGAUUUUAGGGCGAUAGUUUAGUGAUUUUGCACCCAGACCAAGUGACUUUUACCCUUGUUUUUAACUCCUUCCGACAAGAGUGGCUCCAACAGACAUCUGGAGAGCGCCCCCCACAAAAGUGCGUCUCUCUGAAGUGAAGUGCGAGGAGGACAAAAAAAGCGCAGAAACGGCACAAUCUCAAGGCGGAUUACUCAACCACUCUCCGUCUCUGUUCCUCUCACCUGGACAACGCACAAGAGACUUUCUGUGUGCUACAAUUAAUUUAUUUUUUCGCUUAAAGAAUGAGUUCGACAGCAGCACCAUCUGUUGAUGCCACCGAUAGCAUUCUAAACGUUUCAUCCAGCCGGACAAGUCACUUUGUGACCCGCGUUGCUGCUGAAUCUUCAGUGCCAGCUGCAAUGGCCAUGGAUCCACUGAGUCAUGUUGGUGAUGGUAUCUUCCUGCAGACUAAGACAGCUCAGGGAAUUGCUGGCGCCUUCGUGUGGGUGGCUCUCUUUCUCACGUGUCAACAGAUCUACCAACACCUGCGAUGGUAUACAAAUCCGCAGGAACAACGCUGGAUUGUGAGGAUUCUCUUUAUUGUUCCGAUUUAUGCAACAUACUCCUGGAUAAGUUUACUGUUCUUCAAUUCGGAGAGUGUUUAUGUUUACUUCUUCACAGUCCGCGACUGCUAUGAAGCUUUUGUCAUCUACAAUUUCCUUUCGCUAUGCUACGAAUAUUUGGGCGGUGAGGGAAAUAUCAUGUCAGAAAUUCGCGGGAAACCAAUAAAGUCAUCAUGCCUCUAUGGAACUUGCUGUUUAAAUGGAAAAACAUACACCAUUGGAUUUUUGCGCUUCUGCAAACAAGCAACACUUCAAUUUUGCCUCGUGAAGCCCCUCAUGGCAUUUAUAAUUAUCUUUCUACAGGCAUUUGGACACUAUCACGAUGGCGACUGGAGUGCUGAUGGUGGUUACAUUUACAUCACAAUCAUCUACAAUAUCUCUGUGUCACUGGCUCUCUAUGGCUUGUACUUGUUCUACUUUGCUACGAGGGAUCUGCUGACACCCUUUGAGCCCGUGCUCAAGUUUUGCACCAUCAAAUCCGUGAUUUUCCUGUCGUUCUGGCAGGGUGUGGGUUUGGCCAUUCUCGAGAAGGCCGAAGUUAUUUCGCCAAUUGUUGAUAGUGAUGGAGCCACAACGUCCGCUGGUACUGUCUCAGCGGGCUAUCAGAAUUUCUUCAUCUGCCUUGAAAUGCUUUUUGCUGCCGUGGCUCUUCGUUACGCAUUUCCCUACCAGGUUUAUGCUCAGGGAUGCAUGACAGAUUCUCAUGGAAGAUCCGUCACCAUGCAAUCCAUCUCUAGCAGUCUCAAGGAAACUAUGAAUCCCAAGGAUAUUAUGACGGAUGCCAUUCACAAUUUCCAUCCUCAGUAUCAGCAGUACACUCAAUACAGUUCAGAAGUAACAACGACGCAACGCUACGAGAAGCUGUAAAAAGUCCUAUUCACAAACACACAUUUUUCUAUAAUAAUGCAACAAAAGUUCUUCUCAACUUCUUUUUACAAAAAAAAAAAAAAACAAACAAACAAACUGAUAAUGAUACAAAGUCACAUAAAACACUCUUUUUGUGUUUUUUUCUCUAUUACCUGAAUUUCUACUAUUGACGAUGUUUUAAUGUGAAAAAAGAAAACAAGUUAGCAACAAAAUUUAAUUGUAUUAUUAUUAUCUUAUUUUUUUUUGUUUGAGUUUAGCGAUGUAUUUUUUUUAAUUUUGUAUCUUUCAAUUGUAUUUUUUUGACAUUCUUUGAUGUAUAAAACGCGGUAUUUUUUUUAUGUAUUUGUAUUAUUUUGAAAAUUAAUUUAUCUUGAGAGAAAGAGUGAGUACAGAAUGGUUAAAUUGGUUAAAUUGAUCGAUCAAGUUAAAAGCACAGGGUUCGAUUUACUCAAUUAUUUGCCAAAUGUUACUUUGCUUUGUAAAAAGGUUACGAAUAUCUGCUUAUUGAAAAAGUUUCUUUAAAUCAAUGAUAUGGUCGAAUGAAUACCUCUUCGACAGGGAACCAACCCCUAUUGACACUUUUGUGAAAAUGUUGAAAUUUAUUUAAUGCAUCUAAUAAAAUUUAAGUAAUAUGGCGUUUUAUCAUUAAUCUACGUUUUUCGAUAAGGAUAAGGGUUCGAAUUUCGUAUUCGAAAUGGUACAGACUAGGGUAUCAAUAGGUCCUGACACGAGUUCUUAGUGUCAAUAAGUGUUCCUUUCACCCUAUUUCAAAAAAUCUUAUUGGAUUCUUUUUGAAAUGGUCUUCAUUUGUAAUUACCUUGACCAGAAAAUUGAGAGUUUCUUAAUUAUGAAACAUCUAACUAUUCACAGCAAGUUUUGAAUGAAUUUUCAGUCUGAUGGGAUGUAUCAGAUACUGGACGGAAAAAUAGACUUCUCUUGAUUUUUACUCUUUAAUUCUUCACGACGUUUCAAGGAUGUCUGUACUCUUCAUCAGGUCUACAAAAAAUGUUUCUUUAAAAAUGCUUUUUAGACCUGAUGAAACGGAUACCCAUCCUCAAAAUCUCGUGAAGAAUUAAAAAGUAAAAAUCACGACAGGUCUCUUUUUCCAACCACUAUUUCCCACCUAAUUAGCACAAAACAUUUAACCCAUUAAAAUCUUCAAAACAAAAUACUGAUACUUCUUUAUGGCAUCUUGAGCUUUUUUAUAGUUCAACUGUCACAAUAAAAUCUUUGUUUUUUGUUUCUUUCUUCAAUGCGAAAAUUGCAAAAACAAAACAACAGAGUAUUGAGCCACUUUGGGCGUGAAAAGCAUGUUUUGCCAUAAGAAUUUUUUUAUUAUGCCAUCAAUGCUCCAGUAAAAAUGUUUGAAGUUGUGGCUAAUCAGAAGGCUCGAUUCAUGUUUACUCACUUCAGAGAACUAUAAACUAUAAAAGCUUCUAAUGGACAAUUGUCAUAAUAUGCUAUAAAAACAACAUGCUAUAAAAAGGCUUCAAUAAUGUGAUAUACUAAAACACUUGUUCGGCCUAAACAUUUUACUUUGCUCGAACUCAAAGAGAGAGCAGUUAUAUAAUAGUCUUUUUUUCAACUUGUUACUGUUCUGAAGCUUAAACGGUAAGAGAUAUCGACUUCCGGUCAUCGAUGACCCCCAAUAAAAAACAAAAUCUCGACGUUUUUUUCUCUCCCCACCCGCCCUCUGUCCCCUCCAAAACCAUGUUUUUUCGGUUUUUCUCAAAAUUGGCCCAAGCUUUUUCAAUGAUUUUCAGAUAUGUCUUAGAGCUAGUCCAGGUGAACAUUUCGUCCAAGCAUACCUAUGACCGGAAAAUUCGCCAUUUUAAAUUAUUGAAGGUCAAUAGUCAACUAUUUUGGAGGGCUUAUUUUUCAACCGAUUUGGUUAAAUUUGGAUUUUUUGGAAAGGUAUUGAAAUUAUGAACCCGGCUGUAUCGGUCUUCAUCGGUAAUGAACCGGUUAAGUACCGAUUUAGAAUAAUUUUUCUCGGAAAAUUUUUUUACUUGACCUUAAAUUUGUUCUCGAUCUAGAGGUCAAACGGUAAGAGAUAUCGACUUCCGGUCUUCGACGACCCCCAAUAAAAAAAUAAUCUCUAGACGUUUUUCCCCUAUUCCCCACCUCUCCCCUAAAAACCAUAUUUUUUCGGUUUUUAUAACAAUUGGCCCAAGCUUUUUCAAUGAUUUUCGGAUAUGUUUUAGAGAUAGUCCAGGUGAAAAUUUCGCCCAACAUACCUAUGACCGGAAAAUUCGCCAUUUUGAAUUAUUGUAGGUCAAAGGUCAACUACUUUGGAGGGCUUAUUUUUCAACCGAUUUGGUUAAAUUUGGAUUUUUUUUGACAAGGGUUUUCCCGUUUCUCGGGUUUCACGAUGCAGAAAUUAUGUUUCUCGAUUUUGGAGAUGCAAUUCUUGGGUUUUUUGAACAAUCUACAAGGGUUUAUCAAUAUGAGUUACAUCUUGUAGUCAUUUUUCAUUCAAAGCUCUGGCACACUGGAGAACGCAAUUGAGCCAAAUUCUUUUUCUGAGGUUGAAUUUUUAAUCACAUCUGAAUAGUGAUUUUUUUUUCAAAUUGAAGAAAUAGUCACAAAAAGGCCUAUAAGAAUUUUAACUGAGAAUUUCAAUCCUAUCGCUAUUCAGUAAUGUAUUAAAUAUAAACAUUUUAUUGGACAUAAACUUUUCGGAACAUUGAUAGUUACUUGGAUUACCGCCAGUUGCGCUAAUAUCACAUAUUCAGUUCGUUAAGAAUUCAAAUAUUGCCAGUUUUUGGAAAAGUUAACGUUUUACAAAACUUUGCAAAAAGGUCGAUCAAUCCUUAGGUUUAAACCUUUUGGAACAUUGAUAGUUAGGCGGAUUACCGCCAAUGGCGCUUAGAUCACCUAUUCGCUUCGUUCGGCAUUAAAAUAUUAACAGUUCAUGGAUAAAAUAACAUUUGACAAAGCAUUGCAAAAAGCUAGAUCAAUUUGUACCAUUCUGUAUAUUCGCUCUUUAAUCUCAAUUUUUGCUUAAAAACAUUUUAAAAAACGCUUUUGUGAUACAGAGAAAUAAUAUUUUAGAAAAGAAAAAUAAAUCAUUAACGAUGUAAUACUUUUAUUAUGAAUAAAAUGUAGUUGAAAACAUAACAAAGGGAUGAUUAAAAAAAUUGCACUUGCCGUGAUGUAGUAAAAAUUAAUAUUUAAAAAAUAAACAAAUAAUUUUAUUCUAUUUUUUUUAAUUUGAAAAGAAUUGCAAUAUCUUUUGCAUUGUAUUUUUUUAAAUUUUGCGUGCAAGUGAAUUAGUAUUAAUGCUUGCAGAAGUGCAAGUGAAUUAAAAUAAAAUCAACAAUUAAAAUAUUUCUGCAUGUUUCUCUUCAGUUUCAAUUUCUCUUUUCUUAUUGCAAAAAAUAAAAAAACAAAGCUCAAGCUGAAGUAAAAGAUUAAUAAUGUCAGCAAGAUAUUUUCAAAUGCAAGAGAGGUUGUAAAUUAUUGAGGAAAAAGGGAGAAGAAGGAAAGAAGAGCGUGAAAAGUGCACUUUCCAUUUUUUUUUAAUUUUUUAAAUAUUUUCUGUAAAUAGCAAAACCCUAUUAUGUAUGUUCUUUUUCUAUAUAUAGAAAUAUAUAGCUGGAGAAAAGAAAGAUAAAAUACUUAAAAAAAAAGAAUUAGUAUUAAAAGUGUUUUAAAAAAAAUAAAAUGCUACUUUUUUGCAUGAUUUUCCUAAUAUUUUAAUUUUAAUCAAGUUUAAUAUAUACUUUUAAAAAAAUAUUUGAUAUUCAUUUAAUGUAAAAUCGUGAUUUUUUUAAUUGUGAGAUGAAUGAUUAGUUCAUUGACGUAGUGAUGAGCAAUAAAAUUCAUUGUACUUAUAUUUUGUUUCAUGGAAGAAUGGGGGAAUUAAAAGAAAAAGAAAAAAAAGACCCAAAAGAAUUCUUUAUGUGUAAUUUUUUAGAUGAUAGCUGUCUUAAAUUAUCUCAUAAUAUAUUUUUUUUAAAUAAAUAAAUUUAAGAAUCCCCA